ACAGCGCGGCACAGCGCAUCCCUCUCGCCCAUGCCAGGUGCCUGUUCCCGGCUGCGCGGUGACUGAGGAGCCAUGGGGCCUCUGCGGGAGAGCAGCAAGGAGCAGAAGGCGCAGCUGGAGAAGGAGGUGUCCCGCAGCCGCAUCCCCCGCCUGGUCCUCCGGCCGCAGCAGAAGGUAUCGCCCGCUUCCGAGUCGCCGUUUUCGGAAGAGGAGAGCCGGGAAUUCAACCCGCCCAGCUCCUCCGGGGCCUCCGGCAGGACCGUCAGCAGCAACAGCUUCUGCUCAGAUGACACUGGCUGUCCUAGUAGCCAGUCAGUAUCUCCAGUUAAGACUCCUUCUGAUGCUGGAAACAGUCCAAUCAGUUUUUGCACUGGUAGCGAUGGAGACUUCUCCGGGAAGAAAUUCAGUCCGGGAACAAUGAGUGAAGGGAACCCACAGCUAGUUCGAUAUAAGAAGGAUACAAAGACAAGCCUUGUAAAGCCUGGGAGUGAAGCUGAUUUUAGCUCUUCAAGCAGCACAGGCAGUAUUUCAGCACCUGAAGUUCAUAUGUCUGCUGCUGGAAGCAAAAGAUCUUUUUCUCGCAAUCGUGGCCCUUAUGGUCGGAAUAACGGAUCCUUAUCCUACAAGUCUGGAGCCAGCCCACCUGCUACCCUUGAAAAGGACCCUUUGCCGACACUGUGCAAGAACCAGCCGAGUCUUGCUAACAUCCAUCAGAGUCACAGGACUUAUUCAGUCAGCAGCAGCAACUCAGGCUCGUACAAAGGAAGCGACAACAGCACUGUGAUGAGGCGAUCAGGGAGAUUCCAUUCUUGUGGUGACAAUCACAGCAUUAAGCCACCAAAUCCAGAGCAGUAUUUGACUCCUCUGCAACAGAAAGAAGUUACAGUACGGCAUUUGAAAACAAAGCUGAAGGAAUCUGAGAGCAAACUUAAAGAAAGGGAAAAAGAAAUAGAAGAGCUGAAAGCUCAGCUAGUUCGGAUGAGGGAAGAUUGGAUUGAAGAAGAGUGUAAUCGUGUGGAGGCAGAGCUGGCCUUAAAGGAAGCAAGAAGUGAAAUUAAAGAACUUAAACAGGUUAUUGAAACCAUGAAAAACAGCAUGGCUGAGAAAGACAAGAAGAUUGAUAAAUACUUUGUAGACAUAAACAUUCAAAACAAGAAACUGGAAUCUUUGCUGCAGAGCAUGGAGAUGACUCAGAACAGGUCCGUGACAGACGAGCAGUGCCUGGAGUACACGCGUGACUCAGACGGGAAGUCGCUAGCGUUGUGUGCCACGGUGCCAGACAGCCUCAUCACAGAGGACCAAGCGCUGGACGAGGUGGCAGAUAGUGGGCUGCUUCUCAAUGAGGACACAGCUCACGGGAUUGAUUCAUCUGAAGAUAGUUUGACCACCUCAGAGCUGAGUGAUCCAUCUCUCUCCAGUUCUGCUGUGAUUAAGGAGAUACUUGAAAAUAUUCUGGAUGAAAAACUAACUUCUUCCCAGGAGCAGAAAGGCAGCAAUGCGAUGGUAGAACAGGCUGUCCAGACUGAUGUGGUGCCAUGUAGCCUAGAUGUGGAGCAGCUCAUUCAGAACACCUUCAGAGAUCAAGAUGCCUGUCCUCUAAGCCCACCUCCCUCAUUGAAGGAACUGGGCGAAUUUUCUCCUGGAAGCUUCAGUGAUUCUGCUGUCAUAACGGACUUAACUCCAAGUGAUCCAAAUUCUGCCAUCCUUUUGUCUCCUAUGGAGUCUCCAUGCAGGAAGGUGGAGCACAGCGUUAAGGAAAACCGUUUCAUGAAAGAACUUGAUUUUACAGAACCUGAUGAUGAUGAGGCCUUUGGGUAUGUCAAUACUUCAUCUGAGACAGGAAUAGAGAGGAGGUACUGGAGCAGCAGUCUCAUCAGAGAUGUUCUGGCUGUAGCAGCCCCUGUUGUACCAACUAUUGUGUGGGCUUUCAGUACCCAGAGAGGAGGAAUAGAUCCCAUUUACAAUAUUGGAGCACUGCUUCGUGGCUGCUGCCUGGUGGCCCUGCACUCUUUACGCCGUACACCCUUCAAUAUCAAAACCUAAAGUCUAGUCUGCCCCUGAGCACCAGCUGGCUGAGGCAGAGAAAGAAGGAUGAGAUAGAUUGUAAAAAGUUAUUGUAUAUUCUGGCAGAGUCUAUAAUUUUGCUUCUUACUGUUUGAUUUGCACUAUAAAUCGGUUCUAAAACACGUUCCUCAUUUCAAAAUCUAAAACCUGAACCCUGUAGUUCCACAAGAUGUUUUUAACUGGUGUGUUUAACAGUACUGCUGCCUACAGAAGUAGUCCUCUUACUUUCAGGAACCACAUUUCUCUCCUGUGCUGGUGUCUUCCUGUUGCCAGUGCAUCUGCACAGUGAACAUGACCAGGGAAAUUAUGGAGAAUCACAGCCAACUCUGUUGCUUGUUUGCUGAGUUAGUGCUAAGCUCCAUCACUUUCCCUGGCUGUUUCACUGAGCAAAUAUACAAGCACUUUGCACUGGCUCAAGGGUAGUGCACAACAGAGACAGGAAUGAAUGGCCAGAGAAAGGUGGGGUGUUUCUUUAGGCAGCACUAACCUACAACAGUUGUGAAGCUGCAGUGUUGAGUGAAUGACAUGGAGACUUGUUCCUACUAAGGGUAUCACACACACAAGCUCCAGAAGGCAUGCUAAUGCUUUCCAUGUGUUGUCCCAAGUGUCAAUUCAAUUUAGAGUUAAAACCCAUAUUCCCCAGGCAGCUUCCAGCACAUCGUUUGUGCCUGUCUCAUGUAGUGCUCUUUUCAACUGUACAAUUGCUCGAGCAUUUCACUGUUCUUGUGUGUAUAUGGGGACUGUAACCAAAAAUGUGCGUUGUUGGGAGUCUUAAAACUUGUUGCAAUGAUAAGUAUAGGGGUGGGCACACUUUGGAUCUUCAUGUUGUUUCAAAGUCUUAAUGUAUUAGAACCCGAUAGUCUUUCGAGCCCUUUAAGAUACUAUGUAUAAAUGUAUUGUGUUUUAACUUAUUGUUUAUUUAAUUCCUUUAUUGUAAAUUACCUUUAUAAUCACAAGUUCAGUAAAGCAUGUUAGAA